AACGACAACGGGCAGGAGGAGGAACCGGCUGGUGGGGGCGAACGGCGGGCGCUGAGCGGGCGCUGGGCAAGCAGGCGGCCGGGGAGUGGAGGGGGGGAGAGACCUGGUUUUGCGGACGACGGAGGUCUUAAAGCAUGUCAGGGAAAGGAGGACUUUAUGCAUGUGAACAUCCAGCGUCCUGGAAAGCCGUUUUGAAUAUUUACCAGGAUGUGAUUGAAGCUAUGGGAAGCAAGAAGAAGAGACUAAUUGCCUUGGAUCGGUGGUAUCAAGAAGAGUUGCCCGAAAUUCUUGCAGGGCGCAAGGAAAAAUACUUGACGAAAGACGAAUUGUUGAAACUCAUGGAAUGGAAGCUGACCAGAGGAAAAUUUCGGCCUCGUUUGCAGCAGCUGGUGGCUGCUAAUCCAAGCAAGAUGGUGGAGGAACAUACCAGAAAAGCUUUCCAUCAACUCCCAGAUGUAGAAGUGGCGGUAAAGGACUUGAAUGAACUGAAGGGCGUGGGGCCAGCCACGGCUUCAGCCAUUCUCGCUGCCGGAGCACCUGAAAUUGCUGCAUUCAUGGCCGAUGAAGUGAUGGAGACCCUCCCAGGCCUCGGUCCCCUCCAGUACACCCUGAAACAUUAUCUGCUUUAUAUGGAUAAGAUUCAGAGCUGUGUGAAGAAACUGAACAAAGGUAACACCACGGAAACCUGGACGGCUCACCUGGUGGAAAAAUGCCUCUGGACCUGGGCUUUGGCUGAAAAGCUGCGUUUGCCCUCCUUACCGAUUGUGAGUCCAGACGAAGACCAGGGAGAUGUUGGUGAGCAAGGAAACCAAGCCAGGAAGAAGCAGCGAACCAGAUGAAGGCUUCCCAGCUCCUGCGAUUGUGGGAUGAACAACACCUGCUCCUCGGCACAUGAAUGGCAGAGCUGAGCAAACACACCCAAGGGACGUUUAGCUCACUUUGGGACCAACCACACCAGCCCACAGCAACCCGCCCAGCACAGUUUUCUCACAAACAGAAUGCGGUUCUUGUGUGACACCAAGAGUGUUAGAAACCCUGUUUGGUCGUCUUUCAAAGGAUCGGCAGGGAUCUGUGCCAGUGGUGGGAUUCAAAUGAUUUAACAACCGGUUCUCUGCCCUAAUGACUGGCUGGCCAGGCAUGGCCAGGGGGUGUGACAGGCAUCACUCAGCCUCCUGUACCCUCCUUGGAGCAAAAACAGGCUGUGGGGGAGCACCGCUCCCCCCGCGCUCUGAUUUGGGCCUAGUAUGCCUCCCUGCAGCCUCCAGGGCGCAAAAAUGGGGUGCGGGGGGCCGCUCCACACCUCCUAUGUCCUGUUUUGGGCCUAGUAGGACUCCCUGCAGCCUCCUGGGAGCAAAAACGGGGUGCAGGGGGACCGCACCGCACCCACCCAUCCCCGUGCCCCAUAUUGAGCCUAGUAGGCUUCCCUGCACCUGCCUGGGAACAAAAACGGGGUGCAGGGGGACUCCGGGAAGGGGCAGGGCCAGCCAGUAAUUUAACAACUAGUUUUCCUGAACCGGCUGAAUCCCACCACUGGAUCUGUCCAAAUGUUCCUGUUUUAAUAAUAUUGAAAUGGAUCAUUCUGUUACAAGCAGCCUUCCCUCCCCUUCCUCACCCCCUCUUACCUCCGUAGUAAUGGAUUCCAUCCCACCCUCCCUUACUUGGUGGUGUAUGGGAGGGGAACUAGAGAUCUAGAGUUCAAUUGAUUGAUAUUAGGAGCUAAAAGAUUUAAUGGAACUGACGGGCUGAUAUAUAUGCUGUACAUGUGGAAAUAGUUUUUAUACACAAUUCAGGAGUUGCUGAGUUUUCCCUCUCUUAUUUUUUCAAUAAAAGGGAUUAAAUGAGACGAGUAAAACUUGGCACAAUGACAAAAUUAAAAAGCUGUGCCAAAAGGUGCAGGUAAGACGAAAAAGAAAGAACAAAGAUUAAAAAUAGAACAAAAGAAAUAUCUGCUUCCAUCCUCUGCCAGUAGAAUCAACAUUAAGAACUCGCCACAGUUUCUUAAAAGAAAACCCAGUAUUUUUAAUCCAUGUUUUCCUCCGGUUUCCAUUAAACUGCAAAAGUCCAGCAGGGAUUAUCAGAAAUGACAACUUUAAGGAUUACGAAUUGUAUCUGUUACACCCAAGCUGAAUCCGUCCUUUGCCUUUACCAAAUCCCCCGUUCCUCUCUUUCAAAUAUAUAGUAGUGGCCAAAAUUGUGGAAAUCUUUUGGGAAAAGUGUCCUUUUGAGGUUUGAUGGCUAAUAACACCAUUUUUUUUUUAAAAAAAGUUUCAAGAUAAUCCUAUUCCACUGCUGGAAUGGCUGGGGAAUAGCCCUUAACUCAAUUGAAAAUCUAUGGAGCUGACUAAAGAAACUUGUUUGUCAGAAGCGACCCAGCAAUAAAACUCAAUUAAUAGAAGCAAUCCUUCAAUCUUGGUUUCACAUGAUAACACCUGCAGAACUAAAAGACUUGGCUCACUUCAUGGGAAGGUGUUAUAAGGCUGUAAUUCAUGCUAAAGGUUACCCAACUAAGGAUUAACUGACAUGGGGAUCAUUUUUGUAUAUCUUGUUUUUUCUAUGGUGAUAAUUUUUAUAUAUAUCAUUUUUUCUAUGGUGAUAAUUUUUGUAUAUCUCGUUUUUUCUAUGGUGAUAAUUUUUGUAUAUCUCGUUUUUUCUAUGGUGAUAAUUUUUGUAUAUCUCGUUUUUUCUACGUGUUUCACUUUUCUUCUUUAUACCAUAACUGCUAUUCUAAUAGCAAAUCCUUCCUAAAAGCUAUUGCAUUACACCCUUGAUUAAAUUAUCUUUCCAUUGAUAUAUAAUGUUAUGGUACUACUCCAAAAAAAAAAAAAAAAAGGGUGGUAUUAUUAGCUAAUUUUAGAAAAUAUACUUUUCCCAAAAGGUUUCCACAAUUUUGGCCACUGCUGUCGGUAGUAGGUAGUCCUUGACUUAACAAUCACAACUGAGUCCAAAAUUGCCAAGCAAGACUGUUAAGUGAGUUUUGUCCCAUUUUACGACUUUGAAUCCUUGCAGCUAUGAAGUUAGGUUAGUAAGCGAAUCUGACUUUCCCCAUUGACUUUGCUUGUCAGAAGGUUGCAAAAAGUGAUCGCUUGACUAUUUGUUUGUUUGUUUGUUUGUUUGUUUAUUUAUUGAAUUAAUAUUGCUGCCCCUUCUCACAUGGUGACUCAAGCCGGUUUACAGAAUAUAAAACCUCAUUUAAAACAAUAAAAACUAACAGAAAGAAUCAAA